GCUGGUGUUGGAGAAGCCAAUGGAAGCUAAUGAAUCGGACGGUGUAGAGUGAUGCGUGUUGGAGAAGCCAAAUCUGACGGUCUGAGUGGCACAUCGCACGAUGUAUCUUUUUCUUCAACCUUUGCCUUAGGUUUCCUAUUCUCCCAACCCAGAAACUGCAGAAACCUCUCAAGUUUAGACGGAAAAAAAGAAAAAACCUCUUCAGCAUCCUUCUCCAGUCUCUCCUUUCCCCAAGUAUUCAACCAAAUAAGCAUGAAGUAUAUAUACUUCAACAGCUUCAAUCCAUCAAAUGCACCACCACCACCACCACCUCUAACUCAUCAUGAAGCGUUUCUUGUCCCUCUUCUUCGUCAAACUGGACACGUUCUUCUCAUUCGUUCUGGGGAGUUAAGACCACGCCUCAGGCGGAGGCAGCCCCUUCCCCAGCCCCUCCAUUCUGAUCUUGCUGUCCUUGAGCGGCAGCCCCUUCAGCCCCGCCUUGCCCUUGCGCGGCAGCACCCUCCCCCAAAAGUGAAUAUCUGGAUUCAUUCAGAAACUGGUUACCAGCACUAAUCUGAGGCAGUGAGGAGAACACAUUGUUCACAUGAACCCAUAAAGAAAGCUGCCUGAAAUGUCUGAAUCAAUAAAGGAAACAAUAUAGCUCUUCAAUGUUAGGGAAGAAACCAGAGAGAAGAGAUAGAGAUAGAGAGAGAAGAAUCAGAGAGAAAGAACGAGAGAAAGAAAACUCCAAUUCGUGUAUCUUACACUGACUUGCAGCAGCGGCCUCGGAGUAAUUGAGGCUGGCGGCGUCGGAGUGCAGUCGGAGUCUGGCGGCGCGUCACAGGAGGCUGGCGGCGGCGGAGUGCAGCCGGAGUCUGACGGCGGGGAGCCCUUGAUUACGACUAAUCAACUUCUGAUGCAGUCUGUGGCCGCCUUGGAGGGUGCUAGCCUCAACAUUUCUGAGGCAGCACAGUUGUGCAACUCUGCAGUCACCAAUUUGCACAUUGGGAGUUAAUGCGGGGUUCCUUCCUGAUACUCCCUUCAUCGUGUUGUUGGUUCAGUUUUCUGAGUCCAUUGCCGGUGCUUACUUUGUCUAUCAAACUGCUGCACAUCAUGUCAUGAGGGCUCGGAACUCCUUCAUGCGUGUUGAGCUCGCCGGUGAUAUAUUUCAGACAUUUCAGGCAGCUUUCUUUAUGGGUUCAUGUGAACAAUGUGUUCUCCUCACUGCCUCAGAUUAGUGCUGGUAACCAGUUUCUGAAUGAAUCCAGAUAUUCACUUUUGGGGGAGGGUGCUGCCGCGCAAGGGCAAGGCGGGGCUGAAGGGGCUGCCGCUCAAGGACAGCAAGAUCAGAAUGGAGGGGCUGAGGAAGGGGCUGAGGAAGGGGAUGGGGAAGGGGCUGGCCAAAACUUUUAGAGUUCGAACUAUUCUAGCCAAUUUGUAGAUGGACUUUGCUUAGUCCUAGGUUGUUAAUAUUGUUGCCAACUUGUGGCUAUUAGUUGCAUCAUUGUAAAAUUUCACGCAACCCAAUCACUAGAUGGACUUUGCUUAGUCUUAGGUUGUUAAUAUUGCCAACUUGUGGCUAUUAGUUGCAUCAUUGUAAAAUUUCACGCAAUAAAAUUGUUGAGAUAUAAUUUUUUUCAUAACAUUUGAUCAGUCCAAGAGUAUUAAUUGCAAUUUGAUAAUUUUAUUCUUGCUAUUACAUUUAUUGGAUGCAGCAGAAACUGUGGAAUUACUUGUCAAACUACUUCUUGACCGUUCGCUUGAGGCCAAAGAAAACAGAUCAUGAUUACUUGGGAGGAACAGCUAAUUUUAAAGUUCCCUGAGUUGCAAAUGCUGCUAAAGAACUUGAUAAAUGAAUGGAAUAGCGUACCACCUCAAUCCAUAUCCACACCCCCGGAAUCAGAUACUUUGUCUGCACCUAAAAGUUCCAAGUUGAAAUGUACUACUCAGGUGAGGUUUUUAAGGACACUCAACCAUUAAUUAGAUCCGUGAUGGAUGGAUUUAAUGUGUGCAUUUUUGCUUAUGGUCAAACUGGAUUUGGGAAGACUUGCACCAUCAGUGGUCCUUCUGGUGGAACAUGUAAGGAUAUGGGGAUCAAUUAUCUGGCUCUUAACGAAAGGAAGGACAUUAUACAUGACAUUUUUGUUCAAAUGGUUGAGAUUUACAAUGAACAAGUAAGAGACUUACUUGGGGAGGACAAGACCGACAACAAAUUAGUGAUCUGCAGCUGCAAUGAUGAUGGGUUGAGCCUUCCUGAUGCAACUUUGCGUCCAGUGAAGUCUACAAAUGAUGUUAUCGCCCUCAUGAGACUCGGUGAGGUUAACCGUGCUGUCAGUUCUACUGCCCUCAACAACCGUAGUCGUUCGCACAGUGUGCUUACUGUGCAUGUUCAUGGUAAAGACACAUCCGGGAGCUCCAUUCGUAGCUGGCUGCACUUGGUAGGCCUUGCUGGAAGUGAAAGAGUAGACAAGUCUGAAGUUACAGGAGAAAGACUAAAGGAAGGACAAUUCAUUAACGAGUCUCUCUCUUGUUUAGGAGAUGUGAUCACAGCCCUGUCUCAGAAGAAUUCUCACAUUCCUUACUGGAACAGCAAACUCACCCUUCUUUUGCAGGACUCCUUAGGUGGACAUGCUAAGAUGUUGAUGUUUGCUCACAUGAGUCCAGAAGCGGAUUCUUUUGGUGAAACAGUGGGUACUCUAAAGUUUGCUCAGCUUGUUUCCACUGUGGAACUUGGGGCUGCACGUUCGAUCAAAGAAACCAGUGAAGUUAUGCAACUCAAAGAACAGGUUGAGAGCCUUAAGAUUGCACUGGCAAAUAAGGAAAAGCACUGCUGAGUAGAAUUACCACUCCAUUAGAGAGGCCAAUAUUGGGGUCUGAGAAAACGCCACUGCGCCCACGCAGACACAGCAUUGAGAACGGCAGCACAACCAUAAAUACUGGAAAACCUGAGGAUAAAACUAGACGGUGGGGUCCAAAUUCAUCACUU